GCGAGAGCAAGUCAGGUUUUCAAAAUGCACAGGAUAGGCAUGAAACUUUCGCUAGGAAUUAGAAGUAAUUAUUGUAAUGUAUCUGAAAAUCGUGAGACCUGCUGUUAUUUCGUAUAAUAUUUCAGCGAACAUUAGUACAUUAGAUACGAAGUUGCUACGCUAGAAUUAUUAGAGAGAACAACAGUUUGAAGAAGCCUAACCUAACUUAAUCAUGAGCAACAAAACAACAAGUACUGAUACUCGCUCAGGGGAGAUAGAUCCCGUACAGGAGCAAUUAACUGGUCGAGUACGAGAGGUCGGGAAUUAUGCGAUCUGGAGCUUGUCAAGCUGUAAGCCAGGAUUUGGCGUGGACCAGCUUCGCGAUGACAUCACAGAAACGUACUGGCAAUCUGAUGGACAGCUGCCACAUUUGGUAAACAUACAAUUCAAGAGGAAGACAACUAUUCGUGACAUAUGCAUCUAUACGGAUUAUAAGCUGGAUGAGAGCUACACUCCUAACAGAAUAAGUAUUAGAGCUGGAACCAACUUCAAUGAUCUACAGGAGGUAGAGGUGAUGGAUUUGAAUGAACCAAGCGGAUGGAUAGUGAUCCCCAUUAAAAACAUCAAUGAUCGGCCCAUUAGGACAUUCAUGAUUCAGAUAGCAGUCAUCAGCAAUCAUCAGAAUGGCAGAGAUACUCAUAUGAGACAAAUUAAGAUCCACAGUCCUGCGCAAGAUAUUCUUGGACCACCUGCGUCUUACAUCCCGGGACAGUUUCUCACUAAUGAAUUUUUACGCUAUGCCACUAUUAGAUAAAAUUAAACUCCUUUAACAUACACAGACAUAUAUAUAUAUAUAUGAUAAAAUUUUUAUUAUUAUCAACAUUCAAUUCAA